AUGGUCCAUCAACCGCCCCCGAAUCCGUGGUAUAGGCCGCCUACUACGGCCGGAAUGGCUACAACCGGUCGUCAAGAACAGCCAACCUAUACUCCUGCUCCAUCUGUCUACGCGACCGCCCCUGCCCCGCUUCAGUACUCAACCCCUGUAGCGCGAGCGCCGACCUACGCGCAUCACGAGGGGCUCGAACGAGCAUACAUGCAGGCUCCUCCUCUCCCGGCUCCUUCUCAUAUGUCAUACUCCAUGCCUAUGGCGCGCGCUCCGACGAUGGCUGAAUGUGAUGAGAUCGAACGGCGCAGGGCUCUUGGGCUUCCUCAAGUGCAUUGGCUCGCCCCAGCUCGCAUAUCCACUCCUGCUACUUCAGCCACCAUCUUUGGAGUACGACCGGCGCCGCUUCUCACCCCCAUCGCUUGCGCACCGCCCGUGCGUCCAGCAACCCAGCACGAGCGACCUGGCGCUGUUCUACCCCUUCCACCAAGCGUCGCUCCGUCUGUCCCAGCCGUUCAACAAGCACCUCCUAUCGAGGGCACUCAACCCGCAGCGACCACCAAGCAGAAGCGCAAGCGUAAGAAGAAGCAGAAGCCACUGAGCAAGAACCAGCAAAAGAAACUCGACAAAGCGCGCUGGGCAGCCGAAAAGGCCGAGAGGGCGAAAGCCAGAGAGGGGAAGCCUCCACCGCCACCGACCGCCGCAGAGAUCCGCCGCAGAGAAGAGAAAGAGCGUCUCGCUAGACGUCCAUGGUCCCCAUACGUCGAACCGCCGAGUCCCUUCCCUCCGCCUGGCAUCUGCACCUACGAGCCUCAGAUCGGCAGCGAAAGGAAGCGCAAACCUAUGCCGAGUCGCUGGACCACGAUGUGCGGGACAUACGCUGCAGGACCUUACAUCGGACGAUACGGGCAGGAGUAUUGGGAGGAAGGUGGGGGAUUCAACCGUUGCAUCACCGAUACGGACGGCACACACAAGUACGAGUACGACAUAGGGGACGCGCCGGAAGACUCCUUCAUCGCCGCGGCCCUGCAGCGAGGUGAAUUGCACCUCAAUGAUUUCAGGGGCGCAUACCUCGACCACGAGGGAAGGACAUACCCAUUCCCGCCACCACGCAGCGCCUCGAGGAACUGGCAGAAGUAUUUGGAAGAUAGUCGCCAGGAGUACGAGCUCGACGAGCCGGUGCCGACGUACAGGCCCCCAUCACCAACUGCGCGCCCAAUCCCGUACAGGACACGGGAGAUACUACCAGAUAAGAACUUCACGAUGGAUAAACUAGCUGGUCGUGGCGAAUUGUGGGAUCCCGAGUCCGAAGUGCAGCGCGAGUUCUAUGCUGAGGAGCACAUCGGCGAUCAUGGCCUGUGGGUGCGCUCAGAGCAUUGGGUCGACGAGGACUGGCGCAACGAUGAACCCCCACUCUUGUUCAUCGCUUGCGACAAGAUACCUGCUGGCUCGUUCAUGGCGGCUGCCAUGGACGACGGAGAUUUCCCCGAAUCUGACUCUGAAGACGAGGCUUACGGUCUCGAAGCACACUGA